GCGUGGUGUAAUAAAAGAGCACAGGCCCGGAGGUCUGAGGAUCUGGAUUCCUGUCCCGGCUCCAUCACUUGUCCCCAUUUUGCAGGAGGAACAGGAGAAAAGCUUAAUUCAAGAACCGGCCAUGGCUUCUGACGCCAGUCACAUGCUCGAGGCGGCCCUGGAACAGAUGGACGGAAUAAUUGCAGGUACCAAAACGUCUCCAGAAUACCCCAACGGGGUCUACGACCCGGGGUGUUCCUCCCCAUCGGCGUUCCUGAACCCCUUCCCCGUCCUGACCCUCCUGGAAGAGCUGAGGGCGGCGUUGGAGGUGCUGGAAGACCCCAGGGAGAGAGAGGCCCUGCGCGCUCAGGUCCCGGGUCCCACCGCAACCUGCGUACAGGGCUGGCUGGGGAAGGGCUGCCUGUCCCAGGAAAGCCACCAAGCUACGGCGAACAAUGAGACCUAUCAGGACCGGUUGACCCGCUUAGAAGGCGACAAAGAGUCCCUUAUAUUGCAGGUGAGCGUCCUUACUGACCAGGUGGAGGCCCAGGGAGAGAAGAUCAGGGACUUGGAGGUGUGUUUGGAGGGACAUCAGGCAAAACUGAACGCUACGGAAGAAAUGCUUCAACAGGAACUGCUCAGUCGAACAUCUCUUGAGACGCAGAAACUCGAUCUAAUGGCCGAGGUUUCCGAGCUGAAGAUCAAGUUGGUCGGCAUGGAGAAGGAGCAGAGUGAAUAUGAAGAGAAACAGAGCAAAGCUGAGGAGCUACUGCAAGAACUCAGACACCUCAAAAUUAAAGUGGAGGAGCUGGAAAAUGAACGAAAUCAAUACGAAUGGAAGUUGAAGGCGACCAAAGCCGAGAUUGCUCAGCUCCAGGAGCAGCUGGCCCUAAAGGACGCCGAAAUCGAGCGCUUACACAGCCAGAUUUCCCGAUCGGCCGCACACAACGAAAACCCCGACAGAGAGGAAGGAUUUAGGAGAAGGCUAAAAGAAAAACAUCAAGAAGUCCAACGACUGAAAAUAGGAAUGGAGACUCUACUGGUCGCCAAUGAAGAAAAGGACCGUCGCAUCCAAGAGCUGACCGUGCUGCUCAGCCAGUACCGGCGUAUGAAGGAGAUCGUGAUGGCCGCUCACGGCUCUUCGGAAAGAAUUCUCUCAAGCAGCGAAGAGGAGCUUGAGGGACAUUUGAAGAAGUGGAAUAUCACAAAUAAAUCUCCAGGAGACUUACUUAACCCUGAGGUGUCUCUAGGCUGCUACUCUCCCUCUUCGAGCGCUCCACCUCCCCUGCCCCAGAAAACCAUGGACGUGAGUGGAAGCCUUGUGGCCCCACCCCACAGCCCUGUUGGAAGAAGCGAAGAGCCCCCGGAAAUCAGGAGCAGGGUCCAGAAAAAGCUUUCCAACAGCCUGGAAGACUUACAGCGUGAUUCUCUGGAAAAGCAUGUAGAUGAGAAACACCUAGCACCUGUUGUAGAACCAGAGGACAAGUCCUUCCUGGAAGACAACAAGUACCAGACCUUACCCGGGAAGCUGUCUCGGGCCCUGCCCAAUGGAGACCCAGCCAAGCACAGCCCUCCUGCCACCCAGUACGGGGCCUCCGGGUGCGAGGCUGAGGCCAGCGGCCUGCCAUGUCUGAACCGGGACAGGAGUGCCAGUGCACCGAUCCUAGGAGAAACAGAGAGCAGCCUGGAUGAGGCAAACGCUUCCCAUGAUCUGUCCCCCACCUCGAACGGGACCGAGUCAAGCCUGCAGUCUCCCUUGACCCCUGAAGGCAAAAGGAGCCCCAAAGGCAUCAAGAAGUUCUGGGGAAAGAUAAGACGGACACAGUCGGGGAACUUCAACACGGACGAGCUGGGCAUCGCGGAAUUCCGCCGGGGCGGGCUCCGGGCGACGGCCGGACCACGACUGUCCAGGCCUAAAGACCCCAAGGGCCAGAAGAGCGAUGCCAAUGCUCCAUUUUCCCAGUGGAGCACGGAACGGGUGUGCACCUGGCUGGAGGACUUUGGGCUGGGGCAAUAUGUGAUCUUUGCCAGGCAGUGGGUCACCUCGGGCCACACUCUCCUGACUGCCACUCCCCAAGACAUGGAAAAGGAGCUGGGGAUUAAGCAUCCAUUGCACAGGAAGAAAUUGGUUUUGGCGGUCAAGUCCAUCAACACCAAGCAGGAAGAGAAGUCAGCCCAGCUGGACCACAUCUGGGUAACCCGCUGGCUGGAUGACAUCGGUUUACCUCAGUACAAAGACCAGUUUCACGAGGCCAGAGUGGACGGGAGGGUGCUGCAGUAUUUGACUGUGAAUGAUCUCCUCUUCCUGAAAGUGACCAGCCAGCUGCAUCACCUCAGCAUCAAGUGUGCCAUCCACGUGCUCCACACCCACAAGUUCCACCCCCACUGCCUGCGGCGCCGGCCAGCCGACGAGAACAACGUAUCCCCUUCGGAAGUGGUUCAGUGGUCCAACCACCGCGUCAUGGAGUGGCUGAGAUCGGUGGACCUGGCGGAGUAUGCGCCCAACCUGCGGGGGAGCGGCGUCCACGGUGGCCUCAUCAUCCUGGAGCCCCGCUUCAACGGUGACGCGCUGGCAAUGCUGCUCAGCAUCCCCCCGCAGAAGACCCUCCUCCGGCGCCACCUGACCACCAACUUCAACGCGCUCGUGGGCCCGGGGGCCCAGCAGGAGAAGAGGGAGACCGUGGAGUCGGCUGGCUAUACGCCCCUCACCACCACCGCCAAAGUCCGGCCAAAGAAACUGGGCUUCUCCCACUUCGGAAACAUCAGGAAAAAGAAAUUCGACGAAUCCACCGAUUACAUCUGCCCCAUGGACGCGAGCCCGGGCCGGGCCAACGGGGCCCCCAAGGCCUACGGAACCCACCGAGGCCUCGGGCCGGUGGUCGAUAAAGACCUGGACAGACUGGAUCAGGUGGGACCCUCCGAGUGCACCGUCAUGCAGAUAGGGGCCCUGUCUCAAGGCAUUAACCACCUCACGACCAUGCUGAGCCAGGACGAGAUGCUGAACGCUGCCGGGUUUGGUGCCCCUUUCCGGGAGGACUGGAGAUGACCGUGCCGCCCCCGAGCCCGGUGGAGCAACGUCUGCAGACAGCUGCGGCCCAUCUCCCACACCCCACCCGCAGGUCCCUCCGGAGGGAACAGCCGGGCUCUGCGUCUGUCCCAUGGGCCGAUCAGAGAUCCGGAGCACUCGGAGAACUAGCGACUCUGCCCGGAGGGAAGGUGGUCCGGCUGGCUGAGCGCGAGGCUGUGAGUGGCUUCUACUUUGGGCCCUCACAGAAAUCUUUUAUACCUUUUGUACUUUUAUAGCUUCCCCUUAUGUCCCCCCACCCGCUAGGAGGAAGAGAGGAGAAGCUUUGGUCUGGCAGAACCAGUCUGAGAAAAAAAUCCACUUCCUCCAGGGCUGCCCGUAGGGAACAGGUUGGGAAGCCUGGUCUUCAUUCAUGGUAAAAAGGGCCAAUGCUGUUUUCUGACAAGGCCUAUUCCUUUGCCUCAGAUCACGGGCAGGGCCUAAAGCAGAUUCCAGCCUGUAUUCAGGCGGGCGAAUCUCUCCCGCCUCCACCUGAGGUGCCCUAUCCCUCUGGUGUGUGGUGAUUUGAAUCUUAUGUCUCUGCGGCUCAGACGGCGAGGGGCUCAGAAACCAGCCCUGUCAAGUGGACCCCUGGGCACAAGCUGGGCUGUCUGAGGGCACUGGCCAGUGGCAGGCUGGGCCAAGGAUGCAGACGGACACGGCAAGGCACAGACAGGAGGAUCAACGCCUCUGGACGUCCCUGGGAAAUGCUGAAGAAGGACCCAUCUUCCCUGCUUUGGGUCCUUGGCUCCAACCUCGGAUGAGAGCCCAGAAAGUUCUGCUUCCAGAUUCUGCAGUGAGGAUUCAUUUUCCGAUAUGGGGAGCAAGUCACCGAGAAGGUUAUCAUUCAGAAAUACUCCCCCAUAAGUGGAGAUGGAGGUGCGGAAGCCACAUCAGGACUGGACAUCUGGACAUCCGAAUGGCACUCAGACCAUUGGCCAAUUAUCCUGAAAAUUUGGACUGAGUCCUACCCACAAUUAUACAGCUAUUUCAGCCCUCAGGCCCAUUUCCAGCAGCAUCGGACACUGGCCGUGAAGAGCAAGGAGGCCUGCAAUCAGUCAGAAGAACUGCCUUGCCCAGUGUGUGACGCAGAUGCGAGUCCCCGCCAUUUUGCAUCUGACUUGAUUAUCUUGUAUCUACCCCAGCGCUUAGUACGGUGCUUGAUGCAUAGUAAGCGCUCAACAAA